AAAUUUCACGUAUUGUACUGGAGUGAUUCGAUUAAAUUUCAAAAUUCUCUACAAGUUCCAAAUUGAAACUACGUGACAACUUUUCAAACGCGAUCCCCACCAACUGCUAGCUUUGUUGACAAGAUUUUUCGGCUAGCAGCUCCUUCAGCUUCGCAAUGGUAGCUUCCUGCGCCAGCAGCAACUUGUCCUUGUCCGAUAUCGUUCGAUCAGCCAGCUCGAGAAGAGGAGGGAGCGAAGCUUGCUGUCCCAUGGCUGACAGCUCCUCCAGGAGCAUCUGAGCUGAGGGUCUGUCCUCAGGGUCCCUCACGAGGAUCCUCUCCAUUCCAGACCCUGCAGCACAGCGGGUGA